CAGGCUUGUCAGAAGUGGGCGUGUGUAGCCUGCAUGUGUGAGUGUUUAAAGCGCAUUAGACCAAAAAUUCAGAGUAUAUAAACUACACACACUACUAACUUUUACAUCUAACUUCAUCUAACGGAAACGCGACGAGGAGGAAAACGCACGAGAUUGCUGAAUUUCAGGAUCCAGGAUGUCAGUCAGAGACGGUUCAGCUGUCGGCCGCUUCCAUGGCGCUGCCGCCAGCAACGGACAAGCAAUACCUGAGAAGGAGGUGGUUACUAAGGAAACGAGGCAGGAGGGAGGCUGUCGUCGCUGGUUCCGGAAAGUUUGCCCCUGUUGCUGUCGCAGACAGAACAACUCCUAUGAUAUUACGAAUGAACUGGACACCAUGGUCAAGGAUGAAGAGAAAGUGACACCAUUUUCCGAGCCUCCUCAACCUCACACAGGAGACAACGAGCUGGAAGAUCUGUCUCUGGUCGUACUCUCCAUGGACCUGCUCAGCUCAAAGACUGGCCAAAAUCGUAAGGAGCACCAUACCGAGCAGUACUACGGCAAUGAGCUCAUCAUCCGCCGAGGCCAGACCUUUCAGAUUAUGCUCGACCUUUCCCGCCAUUUCAACAUCAACACGGACAAGCUGCAUCUGGAACUGAAGACAGGCCCACUGCCGCUGGUGUCGAAGGGCACGCACAUCAUCGUUCCUCUCGUGGAGGAGCUGCAGGACCUGUGCUGGGAAGCCAAGAUUGUGGAGCAGAACGCCAAUCGCAUCAAGCUGUCAAUCAACUCUCCUCCCACGGCUGUCAUCGGAAAAUACAAGCUCACAGUCAGCACCCGGAGUACAGAAAGCGAGCGUGUUAACGUCUAUGACCCCGAGAAAGAUGUCUACAUGCUCUUCAACCCCUGGUGUGAAGACGACCAAGUGUAUAUGGACGACGAUGCUGAGAAAAAGGAGUAUGUGCUGAACGACACUGGGAAAAUUUACUACGGCACAGAGAAGCAGAUCGGCGCUCGCACGUGGAACUUUGGACAGUUUCAGGAAGGGAUUCUCGAGGCCUGUUUGUAUGUGCUGGAGAAGAGCGAAGUUCCUCCAUCAGGUCAUAGAGAUCCAGUGAACGUGGUGCGAGUCAUAUCCGCCAUGAUCAAUUCUCCAGAUGACCAUGGAGUUCUGGAAGGAAACUGGUCAGGGAACUAUCUAGGUGGGACGUCUCCUACGGCAUGGAGUGGCAGCGUGGACAUUCUCAAGAAGUAUCACAAAGAAGAAGGUGUUCCUGUUAAAUACGGCCAGUGCUGGGUCUUCUCCGGGGUGACCACCACAGUUCUGAGGUGUCUUGGUAUCCCAACUCGGAGCGUAACAAAUUUCCAGUCCGCCCACGACACUGAUGUCUCCUUGACCACUGAUGUGUAUUUUGACGAGAAUAUGGAGCCAAUUAACUCCCUCAACUCCGAUUCCGUGUGGAACUUCCAUGUGUGGAACGACUGCUGGAUGGCUCGUCCUGAUUUGCCACCCGGUAUGGGAGGCUGGCAGGCUGUUGACUCGACCCCCCAGGAAACCAGUCAGGGGACGUUCCGCUGUGGCCCCGCCUCCAUCAUGGCAAUCCGCACGGGCCAGGUUUACUUGAAGCACGACACACCUUUUGUCUUCGCUGAGGUGAACAGCGAUAAGAUCUACUGGCAGAGGAACCUGGAUGGCACUUUCUCUCAGAUUCACAUAGAGAAGAACGCUGUGGGACGCUGCAUUAGCACCAAGGCUGUUGGCUCUGAUCAGCGUAGUGACAUCACACACCUGUACAAACAUCCUGAAGGCUCUGAAGAAGAGCGUAUCACCGUAGAGACGGCCUGCCGCUAUGGCACCAAGCCAGACGUGUACGCAUCGGCAGCAAAGAAUGACGUGUGUAUGGAGGUGCGGGUGGAAGGUGAGGGGCCGCGCAUGGGCACCGAUGCCCACCUCAGGAUAAUUUUGAAGAACCAGAGCGAACAGCCUCGCAAGACCACGCUGCACAGCCAGGUGGCUGUGAUGUACUACACAGGUGUGCUGAAGGACACGGUGAAGACUGAGAAACUUCCCGUGCAUCUCAUGCCAAAUGAAGAAAAAGUUAUAGACUGGGUGCUGCCCUACCAGCAUUAUCAGAACCAGCUGGUGGACCAGGCGGCGCUGAUGCUCACUCUGUCCGGUCGAGUUAACGAAACCAUGCAGGUGCUGGCUUCUCAGACCAGCUUCAGGCUGCGCACGCCAGACAUCCACAUAGAGCCUCUUGGAGAGGCCUAUGUAGGGAAGGGGGCCACGGCCAAGCUGACUUUCACCAACCCGUUACCAUGCACCCUGCACAACGUGGUACUGCGAGUGGAAGGUCUCGGACUCAGGAACCUCCAUCCCAUCAAAGUCGGCGAUGUGAGCAAGCAUGCCACGGUGACGGUGACGGAGCACUUCAUCCCCUCUGUCGCCGGGACGAGGAAGUUGGUGGCUUCUCUGGACUGUAAACAGCUCUCACAGGUGCACGGCGUCGCCGAUAUCAUCGUACACGAGUGACAGUGAAUGUACUCUCGACAGUGUACAAUCUUUUUGGUACACCUUUUUUUUUUUUUUAAACAACACUUCUGUUUGUAUGAUUUCUUUUCAUUUCAGUUACUGAGCCAUAUUAGACUUGUAGUACUGAAGCUGUGAUGCUGUGGGAUGUAGAAAUUAUUACAGAUUAUUAAUCUGACCUCUUUUCUCUGAAUGUUAUGAAGCGAGAGAGGGAGAUUUACAUAUUUAAUUUAACACUGCAUAAUGAAGUGCUAACAUCACGGAGUACUGAGUGCCCACUGAGUGCCCUCCACUAAUAUUGGCACCCUUGGUAAAUAUGAGAAGGCUGUGAAAAUUUGUCUUUAUUGUUUAACCUUUUGUUCAAAACAAUUCACAAAAAUACUCUGCUCUCAUGGAUAUCAAACAAUUGCAAACACAACACAAGUUUAUCAAAAAAACAAAACAAUCUUUGUUAAAUAUUGGUGUGCAACAAUUAUUGGCACCCUUUUAAUCAAUACUUUGUGCUGCCUCCCUUUGCCAAGAUAACAGCUCUGAGCCUUCUCCUAUAAUGCCUAAUGAGGUUGGAGAAUACAUGGCAAGGGAUCUGAGACCGUUCCUCCGUACGGAAUCUCUCCAGAUCCUUCAUAUUUUGAGGUCCAUUCUGGUAGACUCUCCUUUUCAGUUCAGCCCACAGAUUUGCUAUACGUUUCAAGUCAGGGGACUGGGAUGGCCAUGGCAGAACCUUGAUUUUCUAAUGAUUUUUUUUGUUUAACCUGUGUUGUGUUUGCAAUUAUCUGAUAUCCAUGAGAGCAGAGUGUUUUUUGUGAAUAUUUUUUAACAAAAGAUCAAAAAUGUUAAACAAUAAAGACAAUUUCCCACAUUUUCCUUUGCUCAUAUUUACCAAGGGUGCCAAUAUUAGUAGAGGGCACUGUACUUAACCAUCUCUGUAUUAACGUGUUUGUAAGAAAAAUAACAGAAAUCCAGUAUUAAUGUGACCUGUGUUAAUUACAGCUAGACUAAUCAUCCGCAUAUUUUUUUAAACCUUUCAUUAGAGAUAAAUCCAAUUAAUGUAGCUCUUGCUUUAUUUAUCAACAUACACUAUUUUUUUCAAACAAAUGUUGUAUUUUAUUGUUAAUAAAUUGACAUACUACAUUGACUAA